CGAUGAUGUUGACGUUUGAGAUCUGACAGAGAGAAAAAUCAAUAUUUUCGCAUCCCAAUCCACAGCAUCCCAUUCAAACAUCUAAAAACUUCAUAUUUGCUUAAAAUACGGCAAAAUAUAUUCAUUCUAGGACAUUUUUUGUGAGCUUUUUGUGACCAGGACAAUACAUACACGUGUGCGAGUAAUUUGCGCCUAAAGUUAGACAUGGCAUCGAAACCGAAGAAAGCCCCCAGCGGCGCUCGAGAUGAGGACCUCUCGUCCGAAUCGGUGGAAGUGCUCCGCGAGCGGCUCAACCAAAUGAAACGGUUGAUUGCCGAGCGCCAGACCACGACCCCCAGUGGAAGCGCCUCGGAUCUGUGGUCGCCCCAAACGCGCUCCAGCUGCAGCGGAAUCAUCGACGGGAACUUCCUCUCGAUGGCGUUCGGCGGGGCGCUCAUCGUGAUCCUGUCCGUGUCGGUGUAUGCCUUCUACAACCUGUACCAUGCCGUGCUGAAGAAGUUCCCCUCGCAGCACACGGAGCUGUAGAUCGUGACCGAGGCCAGCAUAGGAAAUUUAGUUUUCCUGAUGCUGCAUUACACGUAGAAGCAUUGAUUCAUAACUGUGGGGCAACUGUAAUUGAAUUUCGUAGCAAAUUUCUGUGGACUUUGAAUUUCUUGAUUGAAUAAAUGAGCCUAGAUGUAGGCAAGCCAAGUUUUCUUCUAU